AAUUUUUGUUGUUAGUAUUCUUUUUUAAAUAAACAUUAGAAAUGUCAUUUUCUGCUAAAGUAAAUUAUUUUUUUAAACAAAAAUCUGUUAAGUACGGAAUACCUUUUUUACUAUGUAUAGUUGGCGGAUCAUUUGGACUUCAGGAAUUUGCAAAAUUGAGGUACCAAUUCUCAAAAACAAAACAGGUAACACCCGAAGACAUGAAAAAAUAUGGAGUUACUAUGAAAAAAUCUGAAGAAGUGACCUUAGAAAAUGAGUUUGAAAAAAUACAAACUAUUAAUAUUGAUGAAUGGGAAAAUAAACGUGGACCUAGACCGUGGGAGGAAAAUGAUUUAGCGAAGUAAAACUCGGCAACUUAAAUCAUAUUUUAUUCUUUUUACAUAUAUGUGGAAGUAAAAUAUUCGUAUGUUUAGGUUCAGAUAAAAUUAUUUUGUAAAUUUGGCUGUGAAGUAUGCUUUGUACAUAAUUAGUAAAUAAAAAAAUUUUCUUUAA